UCCUUGUCACAAGGAAGUAGAACUAGGGUAGGGUUGGUACUAGUGGCCACUCCCCUCCGCCAAACCCAAAGGGUACAAAACCUACAUAACUAUUAGCGUCGUCGAUGCCUCUCUAAACAACUCCGUUUGUCAUUUCCGUUCUGGAAGCGGGAAACGGCGCCAUUUCCAAUCACUCCCUCGUCGUUUCGCUCCUUUCCCCGUUUUGCGUUUUCGAUUCGUUCGUUAAACCCUUUGCUUUGCCUUCGCUCUAUCUCUUAUUUCUUCUUCGGCUUUAUCUUUAAGCCAAAGCGAGAACCCUUUCUUCUCCUUCUCAAACCCACAACCCGAUCAUCCGCUUUUGAAAUUCUCGCGAGAUGGACGAGAACUUGCUCGACGAUAUUAUCCGCCGGCUCGUUGCGGCAAAAAACGGUAGAGCCACGAAGCAGGUGCAGCUUACGGAGGCGGAAAUUCGACAACUCUGCGCUUCCUCUAAAGAGAUCUUUCUCAGUCAACCCAAUCUUCUCGAACUCGAGGCUCCAAUUAAGAUUUGUGGAGAUGUUCAUGGCCAAUACUCAGACCUUUUAAGGCUGUUUGAAUACGGGGGAUACCCACCUGAAGCAAAUUAUUUAUUUCUUGGAGAUUAUGUUGAUCGUGGUAAGCAAAGCAUCGAGACAAUAUGCUUACUCCUUGCAUACAAGGUCAAAUACAAGGAGAAUUUCUUUCUUCUCAGGGGUAACCAUGAGUGUGCCUCCAUCAACCGAAUAUAUGGUUUCUAUGAUGAGUGUAAGAGGAGAUUUAAUGUUCGCAUCUGGAAGACAUUUACUGAAUGCUUUAAUUGUCUACCUGUUGCUGCUCUGAUAGAUGAGAAGAUUCUUUGCAUGCAUGGUGGUUUAUCACCUGAUCUUAAACAUUUGGAUCAGAUACGAAAUAUUGCUCGUCCUAUUGAUGUGCCAGAUCACGGUCUUCUCUGUGACCUUCUAUGGGCUGAUCCUGAUAAAGAUCUUGAUGGGUGGGGAGAAAAUGAUCGAGGUGUGUCAUUUACAUUUGGGGCUGACAAGGUUGUUGAAUUUCUUGAACAUCAUGAUCUUGAUCUAAUUUGCAGAGCUCACCAGGUCGUAGAGGAUGGAUAUGAGUUUUUUGCCAAGCGUCAGCUGGUGACUAUAUUCUCCGCCCCUAAUUACUGUGGUGAAUUUGAUAAUGCUGGUGCUAUGAUGAGUGUGGAUGACACCUUGACAUGCUCUUUCCAAAUACUUAAAUCUUCUGAAAAGAAAGUGAAAGGUGGAUUUGGCAACAACACAUCAAGACCGGGAACUCCACCUCAUAAGGGUGGGAAGAAUUAACAUUUCGAUCUAUACAAAAGGUCGAUGAGCUGAAUGGAGGCUUUCACUCUUCGUUUAGUUCAAAGGCUUAUCGUUGUGUUGCCUGGCAUGAUUCACAGCAUAUAUAUAUAUAACGCAUAGUGUCUUCCUUCCUUGGUAACGAAACUAAACAGUGUAGCAAGGAACAGGGCACUUCAUUGUGCAACUGAUUGACCCCCUUUCCUUUGUUUCUUUCUUUCUUUCUUCACAUAGUUUUUUUAAUGUACAAUGGGAAUUCAAACCUUGUAAGGAGAAAUCUGGAUAUCUUAUUUCGUCGCGGAAAGUUUUAUUUAGGUUAAAUUCAUUUCUCCUUGCUUUAAAAGUUACAUUUUAUAUUUUAGUCAUUACUAAUGAAAUUUACACUUCAGCU